UUGUAGAAACCAGCGCGCUUCCAAUCAGAGUUCCCAGCUUAGCUCUCUGUUGAGCUCAAAAAACCCCCCAAACCCCAAAAGAACACAGCUUUUGAGCUCCACACCCUUCACCCACUUCUCUAUGAGACUUUCCCUCUCUCUGAAAUGCCCAAAACCCAUCAAAACCCACUUCUCUGAUUCUGAAACACCCUUAAACCCAACAAACCCCUUCUAAAACCCUAUGCCAAAAUGCCCAACUCACUACUCAAAGCUCCUCACCUCCUCAAUCCACCAACGCCUCAAGAAUCACGCCCUCUUCCCAAUUGACCUCUCAUCUCCUUCACUCCAAUCUCACCUCUCAUCUCUUUCAGUUCCUUCAGACAAUGACGAACCAGAGCCCCCAAUUUCCGACGAAAUCUUCAGGAAAGGUCCGAACUUUGGGUCUUACAAGUCAGGUGAUUCAACUUUCUAUUCACUCAUUGAGAACUAUGCGAGUCUGGGGGAUUUUGGGUCCUUGGAGAAGGUUCUGGAUCGAAUGAAACGCGAAAGGAGAGUCUUUAUUGAGAGGAGUUUCAUUGCUGUGUUUAGAGCUUUUGGGAAAGCACAUUUGCCCAAUAAAGCUGUAGACUUGUUUCAUAGAAUGGUAGAUGAAUUUCAGUGUAGGAGGACUGUUAAGUCGUUUAAUUCGGUUCUUAAUGUUAUUGUACAGGAGGGUCAUUAUGCCCAUGCAUUGGAGUUUUAUGACCAUGUUGUUGGUGAUAGAAACAUGAAUAUUUCGCCGAAUGUGCUUAGUUAUAAUUUGAUUAUUAAGGCAAUGUGUAGGUUUGGAUUGGUUGAUAAGGCUGUCGAAAAGUUUAGGGAAAUGCCGGUCAGGGAUUGUGCUCCUGAUGUGUUUACGUAUUGUACAUUGAUGGAUGGGUUGUGCAAGGUGAAUAGGAUUGGCGAGGCCGUGUUUUUGUUGGAUGAGAUGCAGAUUGAGGGCUGCUCUCCGAGUCCUGCAACGUUCAACGUGUUGAUUGAUGCAGUGUGCAAGAAGGGUGACUUGGGGCGUGCGGCAAAGCUUGUUGAUAAUAUGUUUCUUAAGGGGUGUAUUCCCAAUGAUGUGACUUAUAACACACUUAUACAUGGUUUGUGUCUCCAGGGGAAGUUGGAGAAGGCAGUGAGUCUUUUGGAUAGAAUGGUUUUGAAUAAAUGUGUGCCCAAUGAUGUCACCUACGGGACAAUCAUCAAUGGACUUGUUAAGCAAGGACGAUCUCUUGAUGGAGCUCGAGUGUUGAUAUCUAUGGAAGAAAGAGGGCGUCGUGCAAAUGAGUAUAUUUAUUCAGUUCUUGUUAGUGGAUUGUUCAAGGAGGGAAAAUCUGAAGAGGCAAUGAAAUUGUGGAAGGAGAUGAUGGAAAAGGGAUGUAAACCCAACACCGUGGUGUAUAGUGCUCUUAUAGAUGGUCUUUGUUUGGAUGGAAAACCUGAUGAAGCUAAGGAAGUAUUCUGUGAGAUGGUGCAUAAUGGUUGCAUGCCCAAUUCCUACGCUUACAGUUCCUUAAUGAAGGGUUUCUUCCAGGCAGGUCAGGGUUAUAAAGCAAUUCUUUUGUGGAAAGAAAUGACAGACAAUAAUGUUAUAAGUAAUGAGGUCUGUUACAGUGUCAUAAUUCAUGGUUUUUGCAAGGAGGGGAAAGUUAAAGAGGCCUUGAUGGUGUGGAAGCAGAUGCUUGCCAGAGGAUAUAAACCAGACGUUGUGGCUUAUAGCUCAAUGAUUCAUGGCCUUUGCAACGAUGGAUUGGUUGAGCAGGGUUUGAAACUUUUUAAUGAAAUGCUUUCUCGGGAACCUGAAUGUCAGCCCGAUGUCAUCACUUAUAACAUACUUUUGAAUGCUCUCUGCAAGCAGCGUACUAUCUCACGUGCCGUUGAUCUUUUAAACAGUAUGUUGGAUCGGGGUUGUGAUCCUGACUUAGUUACUUGUGACAUCUUCCUAACAACUUUGGGAGAAAAGCUUGACCCACCUCAAGAUGGGAGGGAGUUCCUAAAUGAGCUAGUUGUCCGGCUAAUUAAGCGGCAGAGGAUAGUAGGUGCUUCCAGAAUUGUUGAAGUGAUGCUGAAAAAGUUUUUGCCGCCGACAGCCUCUACUUGGACAAGAGUCGUACAAGAGCUUUGCAAGCCUAAGAAGGUUAGAGCAGCCAUUGACAAAUGUUGGAGCAGCCUAUAUUGCUAAUUUAUGAGUGUCUUACAGUGGCACUUUUGCAAAUAUUGAUUAGUGGAAUGUCUGUUACGUGAAAAUGUGCAAACGUUCAAAAGAGUUCCUCCUAUUCAGUCCCCUAAACAAACAGCAUAUGUCAGUUGUUACAGGUUAACCCGGGACAAGUAAACAAUAGACUUGUUGGGGAAUUGACAUUUCUAUUGGUAGAAUAGUCAAUUUGUAUUCAGGGGUGAUUUCAAGGUUCUGCCUCCUCUCUAGUAUUGCUAUUGAUAACUUUCAGCGAUUCUGGCGAUUCUGGCAUACCUUUCUUAUGGGCCAUAUCAUAGGUUGCAUGAAGGCCAAAGAAAGCAUAGUAUAUAAGCA